GGGGGAACUGAAUGCACUAAGCCAGGAACGGCCGCCAGUCACAGAUGCGUAAGCCUCGGGAUUGACAUUCUUCGUUCCGAGAAAGACAGUUCUGCUCAUCAGCGGGUGACGCGACAUCCAGCUCUACCGACGAACGUACCGUUUUGACGGCGAGAGAGCUUUGCUGUCAUUGGCAUUCCGGACACUGAUAAAAACACGAACUCCGCUGAAGACUGGAUUGCGGAUAACUGAUCACCAUGUACGGUCUCAUACAAAUCUGCCUGAAGGACUUGGUUCUCGAGAGAUUUGGCGAGAGCACGUGGGAUACUAUACGCAAAAAUGCCGGGGUGGAGGACAAAUUCGUAAAUUUUCAACAAUACGACGACGACGUUACCUACCGUCUGGCCGAGGCUGCAGCAAAACUGUUGGGCGUGGAUACCGACACCGUCUACGAGCUCUUCGGCGUCUUCUGGGUGACCUGGACCAUGCGCAUCGGCUACGACAAGCUGAUCUGCACGCUGGGUAAGAACCUGGCUGAGUUCAUCAGCAACCUGGACUUCAUGCACACAGUCUACAUGAAGACCAUGUACCCGAUGAUGGAGGAGCCUUCCUUCAGGGCUGAGACCAGGCAGGACGGCAGCUUGACUCUGCACUAUUUCUCCGUACGGCAUGGGCUCAAUGGCGUGGUGUCAGGUGUCAUCAAAGGUGUAUCUAGAAUCAUUUUCCGCGAGCGGAUUGACAUGGACGUGAUCGAGUACAAGGAGGAGUAUCACAGGGGUGUCCGUAAGGACCACUGGGUCUUCCAUGUCCGCUUCGUGGAGUUCAACCUGCCGGCCAUGGGCGUGGACGGCAAGGUUUCACAGGAGGAGUGGCUGUCCAUCCUCGUCAAUGAAGACAAGGGCAAGACCUCCCCUACCAAAGACCAAACCCCCGAUAUCCUGGCCGAAAUGGACGGCCAUCAGGACGCGGAGUUCUCAGCCAAGAUCCCGGACAAGCUCCUGAUCGACCCCUCCACCUUCAUCCAUUCCUUCCCUUACCACGUGGUGUUCGACCGCCACCUGGUCAUCCAGCACUGCGGGGUGAAAGUUCAGCAGUUCUGCCCCAGGGUGACGGAAGAGGGCGCUGGACUGGAGGAUUUCCUGAGCAUCAGGCAUCCCAAUAUCGCUCUGACCAUCGAGAACCUGAGGUCGUUCAGGACGUCAAUCUUCAUCGUGGACUUCAAAAAGGAGGAACUAAGGAGUGACAUGCAAGAUAAACCCACAAUUUCCUUGAGAGGUCAGAUGGUAUGGAUGGACUCAGAACAGAAGAUGGUGUUCCUCUGCUCACCGCGCCUCACCAAGCUGGAGGACCUGACGGAGCGGGGCCUGCACUUCUCCGACAUAGCGCCGCACGACAUCACCCGAGACCUGAUCCUGUUCAACCAGCAGCGGAUCGCCGAGGUGGAGCUCUCCAAGCAGCUGGAGCAGAAGAAGGAAGAGCUGAGGCUGCUGAUGAGAGACCUGGCCGAGGAGAAGAAGAAGACGGACACCUUGCUGUACUCCAUGCUGCCCAGGGAGGUGGCCAACGAGCUGCGGGAGGGCCGGCAUGUCCAGGCAGGUGAAUUCCCUCAAGUGACUAUUCUCUUCAGUGACGUCGUGCACUUCACUGACAUGUGCAGCCAGUGUCAGCCAAUUCAGAUCGUCCACCUGCUCAACGCAAUGUAUACCAGAUUCGACCAACUGACCAAUGUCUGUGGGGUCUACAAGGUUGAGACCAUUGGCGAUGCAUACAUGGUUGUGGGAGGUCUCCCGGUAGAAACCGAUGCACACGCUCAGCGAGUAGCGAGGUUCGGUCUCCAGCAGCUAAAAGCCUCGUGCGAGGUUCUAUCGCCAAUCAACGGGGAGCCCAUUCAGAUUCGAAUUGGGAUACACACGGGACCGGUCGUAGCAGGCGUUGUCGGGUUAAAGAUGCCGCGAUACUGUCUCUUCGGGGACACCGUCAACACGGCCUCGCGGAUGGAGAGCACGGGAAUGCCGGGGAAGGUGCACACGAGCGAGGCGGUGGUCAGAGCUGUCGAGAAUAAAGAAGACGGGUUCAUCUUCUCGACUCGAGGCGACAUUGAGGUCAAAGGGAAAGGCAAGAUGCGGACCUACUUCCUGUGCGGAUUACAGAAAGAUGAAGGGGAUGACGUCAUCAACACUGAAAGAAUGAUCGAAGAGAGUCCACCUGCAAACGUCGAGGCGUCUCAGACAUCGGAGAAGAGCCGAGCUUCACCGCACAACGAGGACAUCGCUCGGGGGUCGACUGUGGCGCUGGGCCCCACACCACUCCCCACGUCACACCCCACGUCGUGCCCUAUGAUGGGGGAAGCUCCCGCGUGCCCUGCCCCGGCGGGACCAGCUAACGCUCCCCGGCCACUCCCUGACCCACCGUCAAAAAUAUGUGUCGUGUUGUAGAUCUGCAAGGACUGCCAUAUCGAUCACAAGUGGCCUACUUGGACGUUGUCAAUCGGUGUUUGUAAAUCAGUGUUUGGGGAAACAAAUAGGGAGCCGAGGAGGAAGUCAAAAGACCCACCCCAAAUUCGACGCGGGUCUAUGUUUGAGCCGUCAAUUGUAAUGACCGUCAAACUAACACAAUUUUGAAUUGAUUUAACUCGAAUAUAGGCCUAUGCCUUGUGUCUGCGUUUAGAUUUCUAGCAUUUGCAGCGUUGGUCGUAAACCUUAGGUCCUCAUUUUUUUUAGACCCACCCCUCACCCCUACCUGAUUUUGUUUUGUUUAUUUUUUUCUCAGAGUAACCGCACCAUUCAUUCAAAAGCAAACAGACAAUCACUAAGAAAUAUUGUUCAAGCAUAAACCAGAUACAAAAGAAUGUAAGAAUUCCAAAUUACAAGAAAAUGAAAAUUCCGAUGUAAAUAUGUACCAUGAUUCAUCCUGCAAACUAACUAACAAUUUCCGUCAGUCUGCCCAAUUAAGAAGUUAACGCAGCAUACCGCCGGGGUUUUUUUUUUCAUGCAUUAUCGGAAUUUACAAUUUUCCCCGAAUACCGUUGUUCCUGAAAAAGGGAAACGCAUUUCCUCACUAAAAGAUUCCAGGUUGUAUCAUACAAUGAAUCUUAUAUUAUAAGGACGCUAUUUUGUGGAUCUGACCGGUUUUUGCAAAGUUAGAAUGGUGUGUUCCGUUCGUCAGUAAGUGCUCUUAUUCUUAGAAAAAAGAAAUAAACCAAUCAACACAAGGUUGUACUUUAACAAAUCCGAUAAUGAUUAUGUAAUUAUGAGCACAAUAAUUGUUUUUCACGAUUUUGCUCUCAUUGUACAGCAUAAAUAUAUCGCUAUAGUGCCAAUGUUAUAUACACCCUGUAAAAUGUUCAAAAAAUCACAGAUGUACAGAGUUUAACUAACCUUACAGUAUUACAAGCUGUAUAUAUUUUUACACAAAACUGUAAAGUGUACUUGCUUGUAGAUAUUAUGAAACGAUUGUUGAGAAAGUGCUCUGUGAACAAUUCCCUAUUAAACGUGGAGAUUCUAACAUAACGCUUUGGCUUUAUACACAUUCAGAGUAAAAUUAGUCAUACGAGGUUUUUUCGCGCCACACAGGCACGAAGCCAUCCUCUAGCCUUUCAAAAGUGGUUGAAACACGCCCUCUCUUGUUCGCAAACCGAGCAGAUCGGUAAGCAGCUCAACAAUUCAACCACUAUAUAUUUUACUUCAUUGAUAUUAAACAUGAUUUGAUAGAAAUAUAUAUAAAAAUCGAUCACCUGGUUUUUUGUUUUAUUCUUCACUUGUAAAGACAACACAGAUUGCAUAUCACUCAACCUGAAGAGUGACUGCCGGUAAUUUUCAGGAAAAGUAAAUGUUAUAACAUUGCAGGGAAAUAAAAGUUUGUUGACUCUUACCUGA